CUUUUCCUGUUCUUCCUGUAAUCGCGAGAUAUCGUUGAGAUCAGACAUGACUUUCUCUUUUAUUGAAUUUUAGCGAUUUAUACAUGUGAAGAUUUUUUGCAGCCAGCGAUUUUUGAGUCAGUUGAAUCGCGUCAAAAUAUAACAUCGACCUAAACCAGAUCUGUUCUCAUUGCAAAAGAUAUUUGUAGUUUUUCAAAACUUUUAAAGUGUUUUUAUUGUUUCUCAAAGCAACAAAAGCAAAGUACUGGAUGGAUAGAGUAAGUUGACUGUUAUUAAAACAAAUGAAACGGUUUUGUUUUUUUAAAAACGGACAUAAACUGAUGUUAUUUCUUCCCGCCGUUAUUAUGCCGUUAUUGAUGUUGAUCGCUUCAAAAACAAACAUGGCGGUUGACAGGAGACCGUUUCACAGAAAUCUUUUUAUUAAACGGUUGUUUUUGUAAGUUUUUCUAACAGAGCGAUGGAGAAUUAUGUUUUAUACGAUGAAUUAGGCAAAGGAACGUAUUCUGUCGUGUAUAAAGGCAGGAAGAAAGGCUCUGUAGAAUACGUUGCUGUUCACUGCGCCGAAAAAACGAAACGGAAAGAACUCCAAAAUAUUGUUAGACUAACACACGAACUGUCCCACGAUAAUAUUGUGACUUUCUAUGAAUGGUACGAAACGACGAAUCAUAUUUGGAUGAUAAUGGAGCUGUGUACUGGCCAGAGUUUAUCCGUUAUGUUGGAGCAGGAUGGUUGCUUUCCUGAAACAACUGUUCGGAGUUUUGGACUGGAUAUAGCCAGCGGGUUACACUACUUGCAUGGUUUAGGCAUACUGUAUUGUGACUUGAGGUGCUCUAAACUUAUUUUAGAUGGAUACGGGAAAGUUAAGCUCAGUAAUUUUUCUCUUGCAAGAGUUGAGGAUGAAGAUGAAAUUAAUGAGCUUGGUGGUGAUAACGACAUUGACGAGGAGUCCCGAAGGCCAUCACCAAUGUAUAUGGCCCCGGAGAUUCUUCACGGAUAUUCACACUCAGUUUCUAGUGAGUUGUGGUCGUUUGGGUGUGUUCUGUAUGAAUUAUUUACAGGGUCUCUACCGUUUGAGGCGGACUCCUUUUCUGAGUUAGUCAACAAGGUUACGAUCCAAAACCUGUUAUAUCCUUUACAAGUAAUUAAUGGAGUUGAACUGGGACCUUCUGAUGAGUUUUAUAGCUUGAUUCAGUCCUUAUUAUGCAAGGAAGAAGGCUCGCGUUUAACAUGGAAUGAGUUACUGCGGCAUCCUUUCUGGGAUGGUGGAUUGCGGCUCUCUAUGGAUGAUGUGGAAGAAGGCAUUGAACGACGGGAAAAACCUGUUUUAGAACAGGAAAAACCUGUUUUGGUGGAACAGGAACAAAAGAAAGCAAGUGUUCUGGCGAGUGACGAUGGUCGUUUUUUGAAGAAAUCAAACUUAGGACAGACGGUAAUGACAGGUGCUUCACAUGUUUCAAAACAAAGACCCGAUACUGCUCCAGAGGGUAGCAGUGUAAACAUUAGACACGGGACUUAUAAAGUUGAGCAGUUACGUCCACAUACCACCCAAUCAGACCAGGCAAAAACCCGAAAAUUGACAAAAGAAGAACGAGAAAAUAAACGUAACGUUACAGGUUCUCCGAAAUCAAGCACACCAAGAAAAAAAGCACAUGCUCAGAAAGCUACUGGAACUGUUAAUAGUGAUGAUAAACUUCAGAACUCUCGUGCAAACGUUAUAUCUAAGCCAGAAAACAGCAAUCAUGCUUUGUUAGGACAAGACUGUAGUUUUGAUGUGGAAAACUUAUUGUACCAUCCUUCAGAUUUUGUGGUGGCUUCCAUUGUGGACAACCCGAAAAUCAAGAAAAUCAUUGUGCCGAAAUGGGAAGCAAAAACAAUGGGAAUAACAACUUUAACUGCAGAGCAACUUCUCAAAGCAAACAAUGAUGAACUGGCCAAGUAUUUCAACGAGAUUUCAAGGCUGCUUGAGCAACCGCAACAGACAUCUGGUCAUUCUGGUGGCCAAAGGAGUAAGCUUCACUGUGCAUCGUACCUGGCAUCGAUUUUACAGAAUACAGAUGUUGCAAAUUUGGUUGCUAAUUCCAAAUUGGUUACUGAUUUGUUGCAAGUGAUCAAACAGUCCUCAUCAGCUGACUUGAAAGCGAGAUUAGGUAAUGGCAUUGGGAAUUAGGUUGUAUUCUAGCUUGAGACCCUUGAUAAUCUAGUUAACUAAAAUCUAACACCCUUUGAAAAGUCAAUAUCAAUCUAUGCUGCAACAGGGGUGUACCCUCCUUCACUCACCACCCCUUUAGAAAAAUUAGUAGAUCUAUACAUACCUAAAUUCUUAUGAUUUUAUAGAACUUUGAUAUCAACUUUGAUGGUGCCCAUCCCUGACAUAUCUUCACCACUUUCUAAAACAUCUGCACCAUCAUCCUCCCCCACCUCUGAAAAUGUACACUUCCCUAUUGCAUGGGCCUUAUCUGCCCUUGAACACCAUUAAUGCUCAGUGGUCUCCCUUUGACAAGUAAAAUUGUUUGGUGGUAGAUAGAAAAUUACUCAUUAACCCUUUAAGUGGCAAUGUGCUCUGAUGCACCCUACCUUGUUAUUUACUUUGUCUAACAGGAGAUUAAUGGGUUAGGCUAACAACUAAUCUAUUUUCAAUAUCAGGUCUGGCGUUGGGCUUCCUGGCAAGCAAUGCAACACUAAUUUCAGACACAUUCAACAUGAGUGAAGUUUUCAUGGUGUUGUCAGAAACUAUCAGAGAUAACUUCAGAAACUCCAAGUUAAAGCAGUCACUGUUGCCUUGUCUUGGAGAGUUCUUGUUUUACGCUGCAACACAGGAAGAAAGUGACAGCAGAAUUAAUGAAAACUGGGAAGUACCAGGUUUGUAAUAAAACUUAAACCAUCUACCAUUGUAGACAGUCUCUGAUGACCAUACAAUAAAUGUAAGGUCUUUGACACAGGCUAUAAAAUAAUCUACUUGUGUUUCAUUUUACUUCCACGGCUAGGUAUUACAUUUACGAUCAUCACAAAAUGUCUGAGAGAAGGUGAAGAUAGCAUUGUUCAACAUUACGCUGCAAAGACCAUAGAGAAUGUCGUUACUGCGGAUACUCAACAUUAUGAGAAAUUUGCCACGGCUGAGACUGCUCAGGUACUACUACUAUUACCUGUUGUUAAUAUAUUACUUUGUUUUAAUCUUUCUCAGCUUUGUGGAAGUGCAUUGCCUGGACAGUUGUUUGAAAGCCGAUUAACUUAACCCCAGGAUAACCUAAAAUUCAACGCAAACUUUCUGACAGUUUUUUAUAAAUUUGGAAAUGUUCUUCAGAAAUCUCGUCUAUAGAUUGAAAUAAUCAGACACGCAGAAAUACACAAACCAAAACAGCGGGUUAAAUUUUAACCGAGGGUCAGCGCUAAUCCACCUUUGAACAACUUGCCCCAGAAGUUUGCAGUAGGUUACACCGCAAUCAAGGGACAAUUUAGAAAGUUUGAAAAAAUCACUAUCCGGUGGAUAGCCCUAUCCGGCCAUCGUGGAACCUGCCGGUCCUGCCCAAGAGUUGAUAUCCACCUGCUUAGCCUAUAGUAGUAAAACUAUAUUAGGCUGAAUUUUCAAUUCCUUGUGUUAUGUUUCGUAGAUGCUGUGGAACCUAUUCACUCAUUGCUCAGGCGACUCUCAGAAGUUAACGGCUAUUUCCGCACUAUGUCGUCUCACUGGCCAUUCUGUGGCACUCUUCCAGCACGUUGUUGAUAACGCAGGCCUGCGGACAGUCCUCAACUGCCUAGUCAGCGGCGUUACCAAAGUACAACAGGCCAUCAUCACAAUGCUUGCUGCAUUGGUGAGCAAGGGUGCGCAUACGAAACGGCUUAUCGAAGAUAAAGAAUUCAUCCAUAAAAUGAUGCAUUUUCUUGAUAGCCCUUCGAUUGUCAUCCGCAGCAAAGCCUUCGUCGCGAUCGCUGCUAUGUCACGUGAAAAUCACGGUGUGUCACGUGAACAUCAUGGUGUGUCACGUGAACAUCGAGUUGUUUCACGUGAACAUUCCCGUGAAAAUCACUCGGUGUCACGUGAAAAUCACGUGGCCCUACUCCAUUGUUGUCAAUCGAAACUCGUCACAUACAUCGAGCGUGAUACGAAGCGACAGACCCCAGUGAAGGCUGAUAGCGAAUUAUUGGGCUAUCUGAGGAACUGUCUCAAUCUGUGUAUUCAGACCGUAUGUCAUUGUGUGCCGAAGGUUAUCACCAAUCUCUUGGUCGCAUUACAAGCAGUGUCUGGCAGAAAGCAUCCAUCUGCAGCGCAAAGCAAGGAGUUGAAGUCGUGUAUCCCGCCGUUAUCAAUAGUCUUGCAUCUUGUUACCAGCAAUGUAUUUAGAGAGAGGGUGGUUGAUGAAUCUUUUGUUCAAAACUUGGGUCAGCUAGUCGCGCACGUGGCGUCCAUGGAUAGAGGUACCACCAGUAUUGGUACCACGGCAAGGCAGACCACAACAGACAAUCUUACUAACAUAGUGCUAUCCAUUAUCGAGGCAAUUGCUCAACAUCCCUCGCUGCUAUUGCAGCAUCGUGGUUUGGUUAUCGAAAGUGUCAUGCCUCAUCUUGCCGUGUUGACAUCCAGUAAGGAAGGAGAUGUACGUAUGUUUUGUUUCAAGAUGUUUGCAGACAUGGCAGCCAUGUUUCUAGAUAGUGAAACACUGGAUGAUGAUCAAGGCAAGGAAUCUGCGAUGCAGUUAUCCAAGGUAAUGAUACAUCAUGGUUUGUUUGUAUCUUCCCCUACUUGACAUUGUUCUGUUGUGUUUGGAUUUUCUUGUGAAACGUAAGUUCGCUCCCCUUGUUCAUACAUGCAUGUAUAAGUGGAGUUCAGUAAUACAGUGUAGAUUAAUUUUCUUGCUGACCACAUUUAGAGCCUCGUUUUAGCAAUUGAGACGUCAUGCUUUAACCAAUGUCACAUGCAUGAAUGAGAGGCUCUAUAGCCAAAUUGACGUACUAGGCCUUGUCAUUUCGGUGUAAGUAUGUAAUUUGGACGUAAUGUUAAUUGUGUGUAAUACAAAGCGUUGAUUUUAAACAAGGCACUUAUUAUUGUAGUUAAUCACCUCUGAGCUUCUACCUCGAUAUGAGACGAUCCUACAAGAUCAAGAUCCUUUGCCGUCGUACGCCUUGAAACUAUUGCUCGCAUUCCUCGAACACUCUCCGUCAUUUUCCGAAAUCGUCAUCGACAAAGGAAUCGUCGGGAUCCUAGGCGAAAUCCUGGAACGACAUGACGGCGAUCUUUCGGGCUCAGCUGUUCAAACCAUCAUUAGUCUAUUGGAUUGUCUUGUGUCGUCGACCGCUGAUUUAUGGCCAUUGUAUGAGCAAGGGCUCAUAGACCAUGUGACCACGCUGUUUGUAAACGGAGCCACCUUAAUCAACCAGAAGGAUGAGCGUAAUUUCUCCGAAGUGAUUCUUCCCUUACUUGAUACCGUACAUGGCAUUAUGAAGUAUUCAUCAAAGGUAUGCAUUUAUAUAAACCACUUACCCAGUCAAGAAUUGCAGUCAUAGUCAAGGACUAUAGUCACCAAACCCAAGGACUAUAGUCAUCAUAAUCAUGAACUAUAGUCAUCAUAGUCAAGGACUAUAGUCAUUAUGGGUCAAGGACUAUAGUCAUCAUAGUCAAGGACUAUAGUCAUCAUAGUCAAGGACUAUAGUCAUUAUGGGUCAAGGACUAUAGUCAUCAUAGUCAAGGACUAUAGUCAUCAUAGUCAAGGACCAUAGUCAUCAUAGUCAAGGACUAUAGUCAACAUAGUCAAGGACAACAGUUGUUAUAGCCAAUUACCAUAGUCAUUGUUGCGUGAUAGUAAUUGUAAGUUGAACCAAUACUGUCUAGUAUCAAUGAACAUCAUUGAUAGACUUCGUUGAUGAUUUAUGCAACCUCGUUCCCAGGGCUUUUCCCAAUGACAAAAAGGGAAAAGCCCUGGGAAUGAGGUUGUGAUUUACGGUCAUUUACCACACGGAUGAAUUUACUGGGGGAAGGGCGCAUGCACCUUCCUAGCUUUGGAAAAGGGGGAUGCAUGGUGGUGUUAAUUCCCUCAUCAAAUAGUCAAUGUCAACGAAGUUUAGUUUCAAUUAACUUUAUAUAGGUCGUGCGUGAAGCAUUUCAAGCUAAAUCAGGAGGCAACGGGGCCGUUUUAACUGAAAAAGCCGAGAAGAUUUUAUUGGAAGGUAAACCUUUAGUAGAACUAACCGGUGUUCUUGUUCAAUUCCUCUGUCAUUAUGACCCUGACAUUCAGGAGUGGUCAUUACGUUGUUUAUACCAAGUCGUAGAGCUAUUCGGCGGCACUUAUGAGGAUGCGAUGAGCGUUGAAAACAUCGCUUGUUUUGCUGGGGCAUUGUUGGCUUCUGACCCCAGAAAGCAGAAACAAAUUUUGCGCAUCAUUAAGCGUUUGGUUACAUCAAGUACGUGGCAUGCCGCUGCGCUUAAGGAACGUGGCGAUGCGUUGCUUGAUGCUAUGAUGCAAAUCACCAAGGUUGACAACGGUUCUGAGGAUACGAACGCAGUGAAAUCGUUGGUUGUUGAAAUCACUAAGGCAACAGGCAUCGCCUGACUGAUAAAAAAGUUUGUGCAUAGUAUUGCAUAGCCUGUGACACAUACACACGCAAAAAUCUCACAUCUUGUAGCAAAUCUGCUAACAAGCCGUCAACAAGUUGUGUUCGCACUGCUUGUCACAAGUUGUCAACAAGUUUGGAACAAGCUGUUAACAACUUGAAACAACCUUGUUGAUAUUAUCAGAUUUGUUGCAAGGUUGUUCCAACAAGACCGAUGCAGUCAUGAUAUAACAAUAUUGUUACAACCUUGUGUCGUCAACUUUGUAACAUUCUUGUUAUAUCAUGACUGUAUCAGACUUGUUAGAACAACCUUGUAACAAGUCUGAUAAUGC